CACACACACAUACACACAUACACACACACACCUUAACUGCUACAGAGGAAGUCACUGAUCUCUCUCAUACUGAAAAUGCUCAUCCUGUUGGUGUCCACACUGCUGUCCUCAGUUUCCAGAGCUGAGGAGUCUUUGUUUGUGCGUGAGGGAGGCUCUGUUCGUCUGGAUGUGCAGGGAUAUGAAGAAUUACAGUUUCUCGACUUUCUGUGGUUUGUUAAUGGCUCUACAGCUGUACUGGAAUACAUUCCUCAGUUUAAAGAUCUGACAACAUUUGGAGAUUAUAAAACCAGGACAGAAUUUGAUGAGAAGAACUUCUCUCUGCUGCUGAAGAACAUGCAGGAGAGACACAGUGGGAUCUACACAGCAACGAUAAUUAACCAUAAAGGACAACAAAGAGAUGUUGCUACCUACAGGAUAACAGUUCAAGUGGCCCCGCCCACACCCCAGGUGGAAGUGGCGUUACUCUCCUCUGCAAGAGGGUUCUGUAACGUGUCAGUGAACUGCUCUGCUGAAGACACCUGGGCCAGCUACACCUGUGACCACGCCCACUGCACACAGGUAGCAAAUACAACCUCGCUGACAGGAGUCAACAUCACCGCUACGGCAACCAACGGGACCGUCCACUGCCACAGCAGUAACCGGGUCGACACAGAGACGCGGUCAGAAUCCACAAAGGACCUCUGUCCAGUUCCUCCAGUAACACCAUCUCCUGGUCUCUCGCUGUGUGCACUAAAGUCAGUGCUGUUCUCCCUGGGUCUGGUUGCCAUGGUUUCAGCUGUCAUCGCAGUUAAUGUCAGAGAGAGGUGCUGCAGAGAUCACUAAGGACUGAGAGGACUGAGCAUAAAUCUGUUGGGGAAAGGGAGGGGGGAAUUCAUAUCUGAAAUAACUGUGUGUGUGUAUUAAAAUUGAGGAAAUGAGAACUGUUACACUGCCCUAUUUCUAUCAGGCAUAAAACUAUGAGCUAAAACUCAUGAAUGCAUGUAAAGAAAGUAAUCCUACCAAUGCAGUGCAGAACAUAUUUAAAAUAUGUUUAAAAAAAAAGAUAUGUUAUCCAGGUCAGUAUAUUUGUGAUUACACCCUUUAGAAAAUGAUAAUUACAAUGAUCAUAGUGCUGCAAAGCAUGUCAACCAGAUGAGUGUUAUUUUCACACACCCACACACACACAGAGACCUCAACCACCCCAGCCAAUCGUUGGAAGGGAAAACACAUGCACUGAUUCAAAUUAGGGGUAAGCACAAAAGGUUGUGAAAGCAUUGCUGUGGUUCAUUGUAAGAAUUGUUAGGUGCUGUGUGAUCUUAACUGUAUUUUAAAGUGUUUUUGGAUUUGUA